AUGGGGGUGUUUUCCUCCUCACGUUCUGCCAGAGAUGCACCAGGUAGAGAUGAAGGCAACUCCUGGUCCUGGGCAAACCCUGGAGGGAGGAGGCGGAGGGCAGCAGGCCUGCUCCGGGAGGGGGAGGGGGAAGGGCGAGCGCAGCCUCGACGCCAGCGGGGAAUCCUAUCCCCCGAAUCGGCCCACCAGGCGCCGUCCCCAUCGCGCCCGCAUCCGCUCAGGGGCGGGGGGCGGCUCGCGUCACCGCGGGGCGGAAACCCCCCGCAUUUGCCCCGAGCUCUUGCCCCGGGCCCGAGACUUGCCCCCCCGCAGUCGGCGACCGGCAGCGCUGCCUCCCCGUCCGCCAUUAGAGACCCGGCCAAACAAUACGUGCGGAGCCGAGCCGCGCGCGCGCCGGGGCCGGGGCGGCAGAGGAGGGGACCGGCGCGGGGGGCCCGCGCCCUCGCCGCCAAACUUGGGGACCUCGCGACGCCGCCGAGAGGGUGCGAGCGCGGCCCCGAGCACCCAGCCGCCAAACUUGGGGUCCUCGCGCCGUCGCCGCCGCCGGGACUGUGCGAGCGCGGCCCCGAGCGCCCACGGAGGCGCCCCUCCCUCCCGCCGCCUGCCCCCGCCCCCCGCCCCGGGCGGCCCCGAGCGACCCCCGCCGCCAGCGGCCGCCUCACCCGGCCCUCGGGGCCGCGCCCGCACUCCCGCAGACCGCGGGCCGCCCGCCAAGGCGCCUGGGACAUCAGCGGAGCCGCCGGCAGCCCGAGGCCCCGACGCGCUAGCGGCGACGGCGGCCGCGCCGCGGGGCGCUUGUCCCGGGUCGGUGGGAGGCUCCGGAGGCCGCCCUCACCCAUCUCCGCCUCCCGGCGCCUCCGCCUCCGCCUCCGCCUCCGGAGGCUGCGCCGCUCCCGGCCACCCCCACUGUCGGCGGCCCUGGGCUGGAGACUCGGCGGGGACAAGCCUCACCCGGUUCUGGCUGCGGCUCCGCGGAACGAACCUCCCCGCCCCCGGCCCCCCCCCCCUUCGGCAACACGCGCAACUCCGCUCGGUCCAGUCCCGGCUUUAGCGCUGGUGAGGAGGCGGAGGCUGCGGCCGCGGCGGCGCGGCCCGGCCCGGCAAGCCCCGCCCCCCACGCCCUCACUGGCGGCCUGGGAGGGCGGGCCAGGGGCCUCGGGCACGCCCAUUGGCUGCGUCCGCCUUCCUUCAGGACCCCCCCUCGAGGGGGUGGUCCGACGCCCUGUCCUUCAGGCGCAGGCCACACCCCCGCACCUCCAUUCCACCCACACCCCCCCCCCUUCCCCGCCCCCACUCCGGCUCGGCCAGUCAGGGUCGGGCCGAUGA